AUGGCACUGUUCGAAUCCUCAAGAACGUUGCUGCGCAGAUUUUUGAGAACCAUGAGGACGUGGAGUGAGUCCAGUAUGAUAGUUGACAAAAAGUCCAAGUUUCAAGGAAGAUGUUGCGGUUUGAAGUGUCAAGAUGAGAUAUCCAAAAUUCUAGAAGAUCUGGUCAAUUCCACCAAAGCAGUGAGUAAAGCGACCCAUCCGCACAUGUACGCCUGGAGAACUGGUGAUAGGACGGAUGUAGAGGUUAAGGACUCUAAAAGAGGCCGGAAAUCAUCGAAAAUGGAGUCCCAGAUCCAAAAUUUACAACAGGGAUGUAACGACUGUGGAGAGGCAGGAGCUGGCCAAAGGCUGCUCACACUUCUUGAACAUAGCGGUGCUACUAACGUUUUGGUUGUGGUCACCCGAUGGUAUGGUGGAACUCCUCUGGGAAGUGCACGAUUUCGACAUAUAACAACUGCAGCAGUUGAGAGCUUGAAAAAGGCAGGCCAUGCAUCGUAG